AUGCACUCCCUUCGUGUCAUUGUCCUUCUUGUCGCUCUCUUGGCGGCCGUCGUCCUCGCACGGCCCGCCCCGACCAAGACCACCAAGACGCUUGGAAAGCGUUCGUUUAAGGUCCCCCGCAACCUUAACCCCAAGAUCAAGAGGAAGGAUGGCGCCGUGGCCAUGCGCAAGGCCAUGCGCAAGUACGGCUUCAAAGCCCACAGGGCUGGCGGCGCCUCCGCUGCCGCCGCGACCCCUGCCGCCAACACUACCAACGAGAGUGGUGAAGUCGCCGCUAACCCCGAGGAGAACGAGGCCCUCUUCCUGUCUCCCGUGAAGAUCGGCGGCCAGACCCUCAACCUGGACUUCGACUCUGGCAGCAGUGACCUCUGGGUCUUCAGCACCCAGCUUUCGCGGCGUGCCAUUGGCGGCCAUACUGCUUUCGAUUCCUCCAAGAGCACUACCUUCGAGGCCAUGGAUGGUGCCAGUUUCCUCAUCACCUACGGCGAUGGCAGCGGUGCCGCCGGCAAUGUUGGCCUCGACACCGUUGACAUUGGUGGCGCUACCGUCACCAAGCAGGCCAUUGAGAUGGCCACCGCUGUUUCCCAGUCGUUCAUCGAAGACACCAACACUGAUGGACUCGUGGGUCUUGCCUUCAGCAAGAUCAACACCGUCAAGCCACAGCAGCAGAAGACCUUCUUCGACAACAUCAUGGCCGACCUCGACGAGCCCGUCUUCACUGCCGACCUGACCAACGACACCACCGGCACCUACGAAUUCGGCACCAUCGAUAACACCAAGUUCAAGGGCCAGCUGACUUACACUGCUGUGAAUACCAGCCAAGGUUUCUGGCAGUUCCCGUCCAAGUCUUUCAUGGUUGAUGGUCAGACGAUCGACAAUCCCACUGCCAACGAUGCCAUCGCUGACACUGGUACUUCUCUGCUGCUCGUCGACGACAACGUUGCCGAGGCCUACUACAAGAACGUCCAGGGCGCCGUCAACUCAGCCCAAGCUGGUGGCUUCAUCUACCCCUGCGACGCCGCACUGCCCGAUAUCGCCGUCGCCAUCGGUGACUACAUGGCCAACAUCCCUGGCGACCAGGUCACCUUCGCCGCUGUCGAUGACGCGAACACUACUUGCUUCGGUGGUGUCCAGGGCAACCAGGGCUCCAGCCUUCAGAUCUACGGUGAUACCAUGUUCAAGGCUCAGUUCGUUGUCUUCAAUGGUGGCAACCAGUCCCUCGGCAUGGCGCCCAAGGACUAA